AUGUGCACGAGCGAGGCAUUGCGCACCGGGAUCUCAAGCUGGAGAACUGUCUCUUGUCCGGGCGGCUGGAGGACGCGGACCUCAAGCUGGCCGACUUUGGCUUGGCGAACCACUGCAGUGUCAUGCAUACGGCUGUGGGCUCCGUCGCCUACGCGGCGCCCGAGGCACGGUGGUUUCUCAGCUCAGUCCUUGUACAUCUUGCUCAGCGGGCGGCAGCCUUUCUAUGGGAAGAACAACAAGGAGAUCAUGAAGCAGGCGAAGAGCGGCCGCUUCUCCAUGGAGGCAGCGCAGUGGCAAGAGAUCAGCCCCGAUGCCCAGGACCUCAUCCGGCAUCUGCUGGUGCUGGACCCCUCCCAGCGGCUCACAGCAGCCCAGGCUCUGGAACACGAGUGGAUUGCCAAAGGAGCUCCCCAAGCGAGCUGGAGCCUCUUCGGCCUAGACGGGCUGAACAUCAUGGAGAACCUCCGCAGGUUCAGUGCGCACUCGCGCUUGAAACGGAGCGCCCUUCAGGUCAUUGCCACCCAGAUGACUGACGAGAAGAUCCAGGAUCUGCAGAAAGCCUUCGAGGCCAUCGACAAGAACGACGACGGCAAGGUGACGGUGGAGGAGUUGUGCGACGCGCUGCAGAGGAGAGGGGCGGAGCUGCCCAAAGAUGCCCGAGAGACGUUGAGCAAGAUGGACAUCAUGGAGAAAGGGCACAUCAGCUACCCCGAGUUCUUAGCCUCCGCGCUGGACGCCCGGGACUGCCUUUGUGAAGAGGCGUGCUGGACGGCCUUCAAAGCCUUUGACGAGAACGACGAUGGCCACAUCUCUGCCAGCGAGCUGCUGACAAUCUUGGAGCACCAGGCGUUGCAGGAGCUGCCGCAGUCACCGUCGCCAAAGAAGAUGAUCAGCGAGGUGGACGUCAACGGCACCGGCCAGAUCGAGUUCGAUGAGUUCAUGAGGAUGAUCAUUUCUGAACGCGAAAACCCUUCACGGGUAGAGACGGAUUGA